UAAAGAGGUAUUAUUUGAAGAUCGUUCUUUGGCCUUUACAUCUACUGGGCCUUUAAUAUGUAACCAAUUUAAUGGUGGUGUUUUAUGAUAACUUCAAGACAAGUUCGAACACAAACUACACUGCAAAAUUAGAGCACAAGGAAGAUAAGACUGCACAGGAAUACAGAUAAAUAUUUGCUGCAAACAGUCAACAGUAACAAUGGCUCAAAUCAUGCAGACAAUAAGUAAUGUGGAGUUAAUAAAAUCAGUGUAUGUUUGAUAUUUAACUGUUUUGUAAGAUACAUCUAUAAAACCAGGUUACAGAAAUCUGUUUGCAAAGCAAUUUAAAAUAUUAUUCAAAUAUACUUUAAGCAAGGAGCACAGAGCUAAGGCAAAUCCAUUUCAAUAACAAGACGUAUGGUUAUAUGAAAACACCAGCACAACAUAAGUUAUCUAAUAAGAUCUUUCAAGCAGAUCAAAUAGAAAAAAUGUAUAAAAUGCCUAAACAUGCAGCUCUCUGAUGCCUUUUGGACAGUAAAGAGUUAAAAGUUUAGUAAUAACCUAUAAUCUGGUGCCAAAGUCUUGUGUAUUAAUAAGAUUUAAAGUGAGACCAGGUAACUUUUUCUGAACAGCAGCCACUAAGGCCACAAGUGGCAGUUACACAAAUUGGCACGUUUUUACUUCUGGUUUUGUUUUUGUGAUAAAACCACAGAAAUGUUAUCUGUGACAUGCUUAAACAUAGCGUAACAGUAUGAAUAAAGUAGUCAGUGAACUGUUUAAGUAAUGUCAGUUGCAUAGCCAUGUUUAUCUGAAGUUUGCUAUUAGCUAAUAUUGGCCACCAUAAGCUAUUGGUCAUAUCAUACUAAAUAAGCCUGUAGCAGCAAAACCUUUCAGUGUAUUGAACUUAGCAAGGAUUUAUUUUUGUAUUGCUUUUUCAACUUUUCAUUUGUAAGUGGUAUAUUACGCCAUUUCUUCUUUCAAAAGUGACAUAGUCUCACUUCAAUAUCUAAAAUGCACAGCAAAAGGCGUUUAAUACUGGAGAUAUUUACAUCUCCAUAUAGCCAUACAUAUAGUCAGUUAGAUGAAAUCCAGUCAGUGUAGUCUUAUUACUGGUUACCUGGCUCAUUCUCACAUUGUCAACAACGGCUUUGUGUUGGUGGUAACACUAAGUGUCUUCACAAUAUAUAAACAGCUUGUCACCAUUUGCUUUAAGGAAAUGUUACCAGAGCAGACUAGGUGGAUCACAUUCUGUUCUCAGCUGCAACUUGAACUGGCUGUACAUAAGCCUACAACAGAUGUAUCAAGAUAUUUCUGACAAGCAGACAAAAAUAUCCUUCUGGCUUUGUUCGGCUUGCCUCACAGACAAGCAGGCUUCUCUUGCUGGAGCCACCGGGAGCUCAAACAGAACUGCCUUUGUCUUUUAAUUUGUCAAUCAUCUAAGAAUAAAGUUGACACCACAGGUAUGGCCUGACAGAGAUGCUGAUGCCCCCCUCUCCGUUAUCUCCUUUGAUAAUUUUAGUAUGUUAAUUUAAUUUGUGUGCAUCUGUGCCUGUUUGUCCUGCUGUCUUGGCUUUGUCUAUAUACAUGUGUGUUUGUUUGUUUGAUAUAUCUAUUACUAUUAAUCACUCUAUUGGUCUUAGGCAUGACAAAAACUCUUCAACAAACAAAUACGGAUAUCCUCUGUGGUCCCACAUGACCAGCAUUGCAUUGUACUUACAUGGAGAUGUUUUUAGGCCAGAUUUCCUCCACAGGAUGACUAAAUAUAUUGAAAAGGAUUUGCUAACAAAAGAAAGUGUCCCGUCAGCCUGUGGGAGACUAGGUUGAUCCAAACAUGUAUCUCAAGGCAGCAUGCAGUGAGAUCUCCAUGCCCAGGCAGAGAGGGGGGCCGAGGCUGGAUCGCUGCCCCAGUUCCAACCAGCAGAGGCAGGGGGCAGGAACCAGGGUGUACCCCUCAAGCCCCACCAGCUGCCUGCCAGGAAGCUUCGAAGCCAGCAGACCUCGAGAGCAGCAGACUUUGGAGGAGCUUCUUCAUGUACACGGCCAUUUUUUUCAGGCAUCCACCCAACCUAGUGUCAGCAUGGUCUACAGGAACCUGGGGAAAUCUGGGUUGCGUGUCUCCUGUCUGGGGCUUGGCACAUGGGUAACAUUUGGAGGUCAGAUCUCUGAUGAGGUGGCGGAGCAGCUGAUGACUAUUGCCUAUGAGAGCGGGGUCAACCUGUUUGAUACGGCUGAGGUCUACUCCGGGGGGAAAGCAGAGAUAAUUCUGGGAAACAUUAUCAAGAAAAAGUGCUGGAGGAGAUCCAGCCUGGUGAUCACCACAAAGCUCUACUGGGGAGGAAAAGCAGAGACAGAGAGAGGCCUCAACAGAAAACACAUCAUUGAAGGUUUAAAGGGCUCCCUCCAGAGGAUGCAACUUGAGUAUGUGGAUGUGGUUUUUGCCAACCGGCCAGAUACCAACACUCCCAUGGAGGAGAUAGUGAGAGCAAUGACACAUGUGAUUAACCAGGGGAUGUCCAUGUACUGGGGGACAUCCCGGUGGUCUGCCAUGGAGAUCAUGGAAGCAUAUUCUGUGGCCAGGCAGUUUAAUCUAAUUCCACCAGUGUGUGAGCAGGCAGAGUAUCACUUCUUCCAGAGGGACAAAGUGGAAACUCAGCUGCCAGAGCUCUACCAUAAGAUAGGUGUGGGUGUGGUCUCUUGGUCCCCUUUGGCCUGUGGAAUAAUCACUGGGAAGUACGAGAACGGCGUUCCAGAAACCUCCAGGGCCUCAAUGAAGGUACAGCCAUACCAGUGGUUGAGGGAGAAAAUAACAAGUGAGGAUGGGAGGAAACAGCAAGCCAAGCUAAAGGAACUGGCUCAUAUUGCGGAGAAGCUUGGAUGUACUUUGCCACAGCUAGCCAUAGCCUGGUGCCUGAGGAACGAGGGAGUGAGCUCAGUGCUGCUGGGAUCCUCCAAUCCAAGCCAGUUAACAGAAAACCUGGGAGCCAUUCAGGUAAUUCCAAAGAUGACAGCAGGCAUUGCCUCAGAAGUGGAUCAUAUACUGGGAAAUCGUCCUCACAGUAAAAAGGACUACCACCAUUAGUGAACUAUGCUCAAAAAGCUUAUCUAAGCUCACUUCUCACAGCCAUGGCACCAUAAGUGCGUGCCCAACUUUGCUUGUGUGCACGCAUGACUGUCUGUGUGACUGUGUAAAGUACUCUGCUUAGCUCCUUGUCUAAAUGAAGAUCAACCAGUACUCAUUAUUGUGAAAGUGAGCUACUUGACAAAACAUGCAUGCUACAGCUAUAGCAGCCGGCCACUGGACUGAACAACAGUCCACCAAGAUGAUUUCUGGAGUGAAAUUCUCUUCUGCGCCAACAAAAGAGUGCAGAAGCUGCUGAACCACAAAUUUAAAAAUUAUAAGCAAAAGAUUAGAUCAUGGAGAAAUAGAUUACUGCACGAUCAAGCUCAAACUGACUGACACUAGCAUGGGCCAAUUACAGAACUAUCAUGAUUUUCUGAUUAAGGGUGUCAUUGUAUCAGGAAAAGAAAACUUAAGAAGCUCUUAUUGUCCAGAAAGUAUCACAUAAGCUCAUGGCAGUGCAGUAAACACAUGAAUAUGAAAUACAUGUGGUCAGGGGCGUAGGACUGGGGGGAAAAGAGGGACUGAGUAUAAAUGGCCCUCAUGUGAGGAGGGCCCACAAAGAUACUAGAAUGAAUAGCCAUGGAUGCGGGGAGAGAAUGCCUAUGUACAGGGACCAUAAUUUUGUGCUAGCCCCUGCAUGUGAUGUAUCAAAAUGUACCCAAUGUUCCAGAAAUCUACCUUUGUAGAUGUUUGUGAUGUGAAAAAAAAAAGAAUCAAUGAUGACUUGUGUAAUUGGGCCUGGUUUCAACAGACUGGAUAAUAUGCUAACACUUCCCACUGCAGCUGGAGCUGACCUGCCAAUGUGAUGAAUUGUUUCAGUACUUGACAAACUGAAAUUCUGCUCAUAAUGUUGUUGCUAAUACCAAGAGAGCUAAGUUGACUAAAAUAUGUUUUGAAACAUCUGUAAUGACUGUUAUAUAUUUUCCUUACUAAGCAGCUAUGUCAGAAUGAGCUUGUGUUGUAUAUUUUUUUCUUUUUCACUUAUGCAAAAAGUACAGCAUAGUGUGCUUUCCUAUUAUGCCCCUUCAACCCCUUUUAAUUUGGACUAUGCCAGAUUUUCUGUCAUGAUAAUGUCUGAUUCAUUUAAUUUCAGUCUGUGUUGUGGCUAAAACAUUUGUCUAGUUGAAGUUAGGGAGAUGGUCCUCCUAAGGGGGAGCUUGUGGACUUAAAAACAAAGCCAUGUACCUAAUGAAUGGACUCAGUAAAAAAAUAUAACCAUAUGGACCCCUGCAGUCAUUGCACCUGGAACACAUUGAAUUCUUAUCCAACUUCUCCCAGAUGCCAGUUUUACAUAAUGGGAUGAUCUUUGUUAUGUUCUGUCUGUUCAAACACACUGUUUCGGUGUUGUUCAUCAGAUUUGUACAUACAAAUAAAGAGCUUAUAAUUCUCAUGUGAUAUGUUUUAAAGUCAAGAUCUAUAGUAAUUUUCUAUUAAUGUUUUCACCCCUUACGAAUUGAAAUAGCAAAGCUAGAGUAGACUUAUUGUUUGCUGAGAUACAUUGUAAACUGCAGUAAAAAUCUGUGACUUGAAACACUCUGACGUAGUUAACGUUACUGCUGUUUGCUGUGUCUUCCUGUUUUAUAAUAAAAUAAUGUGUGAAUUAUU